AUGGAUUUUCAGCUGCCCGAUGGAGAUUCAAUUCGACCUUUGGCCCCCUUCGCGGACAUGUUGAACCACUCGUCCGAGGUUAAGCAGUGUCACGCCUACGAUGCCUUGUCUAGAAAUCUCUCUGUUCUUGCCGGGAAAAACUACGAAUCGGGAGAUCAGGUUUUCAUCAAUUAUGGGCCUAUUCCAAACAAUCGCCUUUUACGUCUCUAUGGGUUUAUCGUGCCCGGUAAUCCCAAUGACAGCUAUGACCUCGUUCUCAUGACUGAUCCCAUGGCCCCAUUUUUCGAGCAAAAGCACAAACUCUGGUUAUCGGCUGGGCUCGAUUCGACCUCUACUAUUUCUCUUACUCUCAAUGAUCCGCUACCAAGAAGCGUCCUUCGAUACCUCCAUAUUCAACGGCUGCACGAAUCGGAUCUUGCUAUAAUAGCGCCUCAUCAAAGCGAUGCUGCAGUUGAGAAAACCAGCGAUUCAAACGAAGUGGAAGUUCUGCAGUUUCUGGUAGAAUCAAUUUCUAGUCUUCUCGACGGUUUCGGAACUCAACUCGAAAAGCUGGAAGAGCAACUCGCAGAGGGGUUCUAUUCCCCGGGAGGGAACGCAUGGUCGGCGGCGCACGCCAGCUUGGGUGAACAGCGGGUGUUGAGAUUGACGAGAACGAUAGCGGGGGAUUUGUUGGCGGCGCUAGAGAGUGGAAGUGGAAAUGGGAGGGGCCUGUUGUCGGCACCGGCCCAAUGUGCGAAGUGCGAAAAGGCUUAUGUGUAG